GUAUGUGUCAACUUGGAUAGGAAGAAAUCAAAAUUGAAGGAAUUAGGGAAUAUCCGAAUUCCCCCAAGCGCCCAUUCUGUUUAGGGUAAGCGUAAGUUGAAUGUAAUUGAAAAUUCUAAAACCUGGAUUCCCAUUUUUUCAAUCUCUUAAACGCUCGCAAAAGUUGGAACAUUGCCUUGAACAACAACACACACAACCUCCAUAACCUUCUUCUUUCUUUUUCUUUCCUUCUUCCUUGUGUUUUUCUGACUUGGGUUUCCUUUUAAUUCGUCAAACUCUCCUUUUCUGACACCUCCGGUUUUGAAUCUUCAAACCAAUCCAACCAUACCCUUUUUUUCUCUUCUUCAAUCUGAGCAAUACACCACAAAUUCCCUCUUCUUCCAGUUUUUUUUCAGGCUUUGUAGCUAAAGCUCAAAGACAAGUAUACUAUUUGCACAAUUUUUUUGGGUAGCUUUAUAGGUUAAGAGGUUACUUGCUUUCUAAAUAAGAAACAACCUGUGGUGGAUAAUCAUCAGAAACGAAUGAAAAGCGAUUAUGUUGACUGAUCUGAUUGACGGUCUUCCAGACGCUGUUGCUCAUCAGUGCCUUGCACGUGUUCCCUUCCAUCUCUAUCCAAAGUUGGAGCUUGUUUCUCACUCCUGGCAAGCUGCCAUUCGUAGUGCUGAACUGUUUAGAGUCCGACAGGAGAUUGGAUCAUCAGAAGAUCUUUUAUGUGUAUGCGCAUUUGAACCAGAGAAUCUAUGGCAGCUUUACGACCCCAUCAGAGACCUUUGGAUAACAAUUCCUGUACUUCCAUCGAAAAUUAGGCAUCUUGCACACUUUGGUGCUGUCUCCACUGCUGGGAAGUUGUAUGUGCUGGGUGGUGGCAGUGAUGCUGUUGAUCCGUUAACUGGUGAUCAAGAUAGAAACUUUGCAACCAAUGAGGUGUGGUCAUACGAUCCUGUAAUACGUCGGUGGUCUCAACGUGCAUCAAUGCUCAUACCACGUGCCAUGUUUGCUUGUGGUGUUUUAGAAGGAAAGAUUGUUGUUGCAGGUGGUUUUACUAGCUGCAGAAAAUCAAUUUCUCAGGCAGAAAUGUACGAUCCUGAUAAAGAUGUUUGGAUUUCCCUGCCUGAUCUACACCGUACUCACAAUUCUGCUUGCACAGGGGUGGUGAUUGGAGGCGAGUUGCACGUCUUGCACAAGGGAAUAUCGAAAGUGCAAAUUUUCGACAGCCUGCAGCUUGAAUGGAGAGUUGAAGAGUAUGGUUGGCCCCAAGGUCCAAUGGCUGUUGUUCAAGAUUCACUUUAUGUGAUGGGUCAUGGACAUAUUUUCAAGUACCAUGGAAGAGAACCUAAAAAAUACGUUAUUUCAGCAUCCGAAUUUCGCCAACGAAUAGGGUUUGCAAUGAUUAGUUUGAGAGAUGAAAUUUACGUGAUCGGAGGGGAUAUUGGUCCCGACCGUUUGAAUUGGCACGUCAAGCCAACGUCAGAUGUUGACAUAUUAACAACAGGAGGCGAGAGACCAACAUGGCGACAUGCUGCUUCAAUGACAAGAUGCCGUGGGGCAAUUCGGGGAUGUGCGCAGUUGAGAAUUUAGGAACUUUUUACAUUCGUUUGUGUUUGUACCAAUGUAAUUGAAUUGUAUUUUGGGUCUGGAAAAUCCCUUUCCACUGGCUGCCUCUUUUUGUAAUCUUUGGUCGUUGAUGUUAAGUUUGGAGGGGGGUAUAUGUUGAUGGAUGGCUCCUGGAAUUUGGAUAUCAUAGGAACGGUCUACUGUCUAAUAGUACAUGAAUAUUACGAAUUAGUAUGAUGGGGGAAGGAUCAAAAUUUUCAUUUCUAAAUACUUGAAUCAAAAAGAAUGAUUUAUUGGCAUUCA